UUCAAAUUUCCUUGAUCUCUUUUUCCAAUUUUAGUUUAUUGUGAUUCCAUUGUUCAAGGAGUUAAAGUGAAGAAUAUGACAAAAGAAAACCCUAAGCCCUCCACUGAAUAGCUACUCCUACUUCAUUCCGCCCUAUUCUCAAGGUCUACCCAGGUAUAUAAAUACCCAAACCCCAUAUUAAAAAAACCACAAGUUUCCUUACAGGAUCUCUCUUUGUAUCUUCAGUGCUACUGACAGAUCUUCUAUCUUCCAUCUGUAUUAGCUGCUUAAUUUCUGAUCAAGAGGAGAAAAAUAUGAGCAGGCCAGGGGACUGGAAUUGCAGGUCAUGCCAACACCUCAACUUCCAAAGGAGGGAUUCAUGCCAGCGCUGUGGGGAACCAAGAUCUGGUGAGAGAGGUGACUAUGGAAGUUUUGGUAGCAGGGGUGGCUCAUCAUUCGGGUUCACUGGCCCUGAUGUUAGGCCUGGUGACUGGUAUUGCACAAUGGGGAACUGCGGAGCUCACAACUUCGCCAGCAGAUCAAGCUGCUUCAAGUGUGGUGCAGCCAAGGAUGAAUCGUCUGGAGGAUUUGAAGGUGACAUGCCACGUAUGAGGGGCUAUGGUUUUGGCAGUGGCAGCUCUAGUCGCUCAAACUGGAAAUCUGGGGACUGGAUUUGCACUAGGUCGGGUUGCAAUGAGCACAACUUUGCCAGCAGGAUGGAAUGUUUCAGAUGCAAUGCACCAAGGGACUCCAGCAACAAAUCUUCAUACUAAUAGAUUUUUCAUUUUUGGUAACUGCAGCCCCAGGAGACAGACAAGCCAAUCGCAGAUGAUCACUCUUUUUUGCUGCUAGCUACCCCUCUCUCUCUCUUCUCUCUCUCUCUCUCUCUGUUGUUUGUUUGUUUGUUUGUUUUUUCUGAUUAUCUCUAUGUAAUUCUGCUACGGAUCUGUGGAUGAAUCAUGUUUGAAACCUUCAGUUGAAGUUGAGCUAAAUCAUUUAGCAUUUUGUCAGCUUUCUUAUAAUAUCAAAUAUAGGCAUGUACUUUGCUAUGGAUUGGUAUCA